CGCGCAUAUAAAGGUGCCUAUCCAAAGGGGCUUAGAAUCACUCGAGACUGUCACCAGUGUAACAUAGAAAAGCAGUAAAAGCUGUAAAACGAAGAAAAAAUGUGCGAAAACCGUUCGAUUCAAGUAAUUGGAGUACUGCUGUUCCUUGCUGCGGUUGCGUCCAGAGUUGGUAGUGUAUGCUGGAACUGUAUGCCCAACGAUUUGUCAGAAGACGAUAUCGGCAAGAUUUUAGCAGAAGAAUUUAAGGACAAUUUUAUGAAAAGUUUGGGUCUUACAAGCGAACCAGUAAUGCCAAAAAAUAUUACCUAUCCACCGAAAGAAAUAAUAAAUGAGCUCUUUACGGACGAGGAUGACGUAAUACACGAGGAAGAUAACGGGGCAUUGGAAACAAUUAUUCUUCAACCGUUAAAUAGUGGUAAGUUUGUGUUAACUUCUACAACAUUAAUUGUCCUCAAAGGCAAUAUAGAGGGAAAGUAGAGAGAGAAGAAUUUGAAUCUCUAUUAACUGUAUGGUCAUCGUUUAUUUAAAGAUGUUAUCUCGUAGAGUAUACCUCGUAUAAUGAUUCAACAGAUUUUAGUAUCGACGUUAAUAGGGAGCAAAUUUUGGAUCAGGGGGAGUAAUUUCAAUAGAGAUUUCAUCUAUCGAGUCUGAAGUUCAAACAAUAUACAUAUUACUUUAGCAGUAUCGUGGUGUCAUCAAACAGCUUCCAAAAUAUGCAAGGUCAUAUUUUACCAUAAUUUGACCUCGUAAUCGAAUACUGGCAAUUGCAUGCAAUUUAGUCGAUUUAAACUGUAGUUUUCUUAAAGAUAACUGCAUGCGCAUGAUUUACAAUUGGCGAAAGAAACUCAUUGGAAAAUAGCGGGAUACAUAUAUUUAUUUGAAUUUAUCACAAGUAACGAAGAUAACAUGAACCAACGAAAAAUUGGCUUGGGGUUACUUUUAAUCCAUCGUAGUUAUGGUUUAGUUAGUUACACAUGGCUAUAUGAAUAACUGAUAUAAUUAGAGCUAAUGAUCGGUGAUAAGGAAGCGUUUUGCCAACAAAUUUAUUCUAAGAUUGUCGAAAUAUAUUUCAUAUACGUAUUUUGCCUCCAGACGCAUAAACGCGUGUAGCUAUUUUAAUAUAAAUAGUUUCGGUCUAUGUUUUGGCAAAGCGCUAUAAAUCGAAAAACCUCAACAAAAACUCAGUAGAACGUUUUCGCGAGCCUGGUAUAAGGAAUAAAUAUAAACAGCAAUUGAUAGCUUAUUAACAUAUGAAUUAUUUUUAUAGCGAAUUCAGAUGAAAGUCAUUACUUUAUUUCCGCUCAAGAAUUCAUUGAAUACCUAUAUGAAAAAUGUAUCGAUUAAAUUCACGAUGCCAAUAAUUUCGGCACAUAUUAUGCUCACAAAUCCUAUUUCAAUCGUACCCAUUGGCAUUUGCCUGACUAUCCUGGCAAACGAGAGAGAGCGUUUUAUGCAAAUUUAUUACCGUGAUUAUUCCGAAAUCAGAAAUCGAAAUAAUUGAACUUGUGAAAAGGCUAUUUAAUUUAAAAGCAGUUUCAGAAGCAAUCAUAGUGAAGAAUAUCUAUCUGAUACGAAAGAAAUUUGUUUUGUUGUGCCAACUUGCAUGCUCCAUGCAUAUUUGCAUAUAUUGUCCGAUGGAUCUUGCAUAUAUGAUCUUCAUUGUGAAGUGUAUGUUCAUAUAUAAGUCAUGUUUGCUGGGAAGCUCACCAUGAUUGAGCAUGCAGGAUGAAUUAUGUUCUGCGUUCGCGGCAUACUGGAGUGUUUUUAUCCCACCUAUAAUUUUCUGCUUAUAGCUAGACUUAUGCAAAUUAUGCAAACACUGAACCAUGUAUUACGACUUUACUAGCUACAGUAUAUACGUAGUGCAUGUCUGUUUAGAUCUAUUAAUGUUUUCAAGUGGCAUAAUUUAGCCUUAAUUCGUGUGGAAAAUGUAUCCAUAUAUAUGAACACAAAUUGAAUUUUAUAAGGCGCGUUAACAAAGCUGACAAAGGCAAUGCAGAUUUAGCUCGAGUGACUUUCCCAAUUAGCCAAGUUCAUACGAACAGCCCAUGCAUAGUUCAGUUGGUUUUCACCAAAUGUCUUACAUUGGAAAAAUAAGAUCUUGUGCCUUGAGCCUUCAUAAUUGCUAUGGUUGCUUUGUCAAUCAGUAUUAUUGGUUUUCAUUGGCCAUGCGAUUAUUCGAUUAUGGUGAUCAUGAAACUACAGCGAUACAAAUGAACCGAUAACACAUGUUUAUAUCCACAACACCAUUAGUUAGGAACUGAACUGUGAAAAUGCAUGUGGGAACCUAAAAUUGCCCAACAAAAUUUCUCAAGUUGGUCUGAAUGAUGUUCCAACAAAAUACUUCCGCGAUUUUUGCCAAUCUCAUGAUGGGAAAACACUCACAGGCGUAAACAAACUAAUUAAACAAGCCCCUUGUGGCGUGAUUAGUAUGUGAUAAUUUAUCACAUGCUCUAAUAGGAAUUUACCACGAAAUUACCACGUCCAUUUUCGCACAAAAAUAGCCAUUUUACUCCAUUUACAAAGGGAGUGUCAUCAGGUAACAUGGAAGCCAGGGCAAAACGUUUUGAGAUAUAACAGUAAAAAUCUCUGGUACAUUUUUUUUUACAUAGAAAACUUUAGGUCAAUACACCCCAUGCAAUGGAUAACUGUAACAAUAAGCCAUCAUUUAAUGUUUCAGAUUCAAGAGAAUCCAACACGACUUCCUUUUUUGAAUAUAAAAUUACGGAUAAACUUGACAGCUACCGCAUCGAGCAGGUGACACUAUGGCUGCACGUAAACGGUAACACGGGCUUGUAUGAAGUAUAUGAAAAGAUAUCAACUCAACCCCGACGUAUGGUUUUUAUGGAUAGACACUAUGAUAAUGCCAGCGAAUGGAGAAAACUGCUUUUUACGCCCAGCAAACUAUGGCUACAAAACCCAUGGAGAAAAUUACGUAUCGAAAUCAAGGGAGUGGAGACAUCUGUAGUCGAUAAACCGGUAUUGCAACUAAACUUAAAACGAAGGGAAAAGCGACUCAAGAAACGACAUUCAAUGCUAACUCCAACCGCCACGACAACAGACGACUGUCAUCCAACGCAAAAGAGUCUCUGUUGCAGGCAUCUCAGAGACGUACCACUACAAAAAAUUUACUCGUGGGUGGUUAUGCCAGUAACGUACCGAGCAUAUACAUGUUCUGGUCGUUGUGUUGUGAAACACAGAAAUAACAACACGUGGUCAUAUUUCAGCCAGGUUUCGAAGCCUACGAGAGAACCAUGCUGUGUACCAACUGACUUUGAACCCAUGACUGUUUUGUAUUUCGACAAUACGAGCCAGAAGUCGAAGAAGAAGAAGAAGAAUGACCCACCACCACCUAUAAAAAAAAUGAACAUAAAGAAUGCGAUUGUCAAAUCGUGCGGUUGUUCUUAAACGAGCUAGAUAAUUAUCCGGUACGGUUAUCCGGACUCUAACUGCAUACAAAUGUGCUUUUUUCUUCGUUAUAAAGUACUUGCUACAGAAUUGUCAGGUUUAGUUAAUUUAAUAAGGCUGGGGCUGGUCUCUGACAAAUUAAACGAGGCAGCCGGCACAGAUUAUAAGCCUCCUAGUUAUAAACAUUCACGAAAUAUCGGAAUUGUAUUUGGAAUAACUUUUUAUGCUGGAUAAAUACUAUAUGCUAUAUUUUUCUAUAUAUUUUUAUAUUUUUUCUAUAUUUUACUAUAUUUUUCUAUAUUUUACUAUAUUUUUCAGUAUAUUUCUCCGAUGCAAAUCCGUGCAUGAACGUAGCUUUUUGUGGAGUAGGGGUAUAUGUGGCUAGUCAAAGUUGUAGUUUUAAUUUAUCAGCUUUAUGAGCUGUCGGGCCAAGAACAUUGAAUUCGGUCAAACCGAUGAAUGCUAAUGGAAAAUUUGAAAAGAAUAGAGUAGAUGUCCUAUGGUACGUAUAUAGGUAUAUAAUGUAAUAAAAUUAAGAGACGUGGCUAUUAAGUAGUAUAUAUAGAAAACAAAACGUAAUUUUAUUCAAGUAGAUCAACGUACGGUUUAUUCAUUUAUGCAUGAAGCCAUGAUCUCGGUAGUCUACUAGCUGACCAUGAAAAAACGCCCUUUACAGCGUAGUUUCUACAAUAGUUAAUAGAAUACAUGACUUCGAGAAUCGAUGGAAGUACAAUAUAACUUAUUAUAACUAUGUUUUUGUCUUGGAUUUUGCAAAAAUGUGAUCUUGCAUGGUAAUUCGUUACGUGCCAAUUGUAUUUGCAGUUUGCUCAACGAACCAAUAUAUAGCAAUAUAAUUGGCUUCCGUUCGUGAUUUGAACAAUAAUUGGGCAGUAGUUUAUGGGUCAAAGUAAAAGAUUGAAUGGACGAAAAUACAAUAUGCACGCGACGAAUAAAGGCAGUAUUUGUGCAUAAACCAAGACUAAGAUAGCUUACGCUUGUGUAGUUAUAUUGAACUGUAUAUGAAAGAAUAUUUUAUAAUGCUUGCAGUAGACGUCGAGGCGUAUGCCUGUUUUCCACCACAACCAUAUCGCGGACAUUAUAAUCUGUGUGAUGACGUGAUAGUUUGAUACAUGCUCACUAGUUAUUACUUGUUUACCAGGACUAGUGAACGGGAAAUUGACGGUUGACGAGAAAACAGGCCGCCUAUCCACCUAUGAGUUAUAUCGACGCUCCUGCAUAGCUUACUAGCCUAGUAACUCUCAGGAAUGAGUUGCAUGGCGUUAAGAGAAUAUUUCAAUAUGUUGAUAGAGUAUGCAUGGUUGACUCAAGACAAAAUAAUAUAUUGCGUCUAAAGAUUUUUCUCGGCUGUGAUUGGUGUUAUAAUAGCUAGCUAAGAAUGUUUAAAACAUGUUUUGUAUAUGUAGAUUGAGGGAUGUUAACGGGUGUUAAAAUGAAAUAAAAGUUUUAUU